UUGCGGCAGACCGCGGACGGCGCGGGCGCACGUCCCGAAACGUUCCCUUCGGGAAUGAAGAUAACUUAUCUCGACCGCGGCUGAGGUCAAAACGACCUUUCGAAAAUCGCGGGUGUGAAUGUGACCUUUAAGUGCUUAAAGCUUGUGUUUGAGGAAAAUUAUAAGUUAAUUGUUAAGAAUUUUGGUAGAGUGGUUGUUCAUCUGGCUAAGGUUCUCGGUUCUCAUUUGCUGAGGAAUGGCUGACAGUGAAAUUUUCUGAUGUGAUUAACGAUGCGAUGUCACGACUCUUUCAACUUGUGAUGAACGUUAUUUCUUUUUGAAUCGACGACGUGUGGACUUUGUAUUCAAUUUUAUGUGAUUCAGAUGAAUUGAGACGGAUGGAUGAAUGCAUUAGGAUAUCUAAUUUUGUCUCACUUUAGUUCCUUAGUAAAAGGACUCUUCAACGCGUCUCCAUAAAUACAUCGAGACAGUCAAUCAGAUGAACACUUCGCAUUAUAGUUCAUAAUAAUGAAGUAAUGAUGUUCAGUGUGUGAUAAAUAUUUAUUGAGUGUGUAAGUGUGUGCUCGUCAAAAUGAUGCAAGGAUUAUUGGAUUCGCUUUAUAAAAUCUACUGGGGUAAGAGCCGAACCCCCCAACAGCCAACUUUCGAAACAGUGCCAUUAAAUGAUUGGCGCGCCCCGAUGACGGACGAAUCGGAGGCAGCGCGACGUGGUCGCGGGGUGCCGCCAGCACCCCCGCCCCGCGUCGUGCGCCCCGAACCGAAGCCACGUACCGCCCCACCAAGGCUCAUCCGCCCUUCAGAGCACCUCGCAAUGGUGGAACGGGCCAUGGCCGAACGAACCAUGGUAGAAAGGUCUAUAGCAGAAAGAUCCAUGGCGGAGAGAUCCAUGAUGGAAAGACCUAUCCCGGAUAGAUCCACGGUAGAACGGGGGAUGGAACGUAGGCCUCCCGUUCCCCUAAACCCCUCAGUGACAGUGCUCCACGGUCCUAGGCCGCCCCCGCCGCCACCACCAGCGCCUAGGCAUUACGUCCCCCCUCCGAGAAUGCCAGCACCCACAAAUCCUGUGAUGCGGUUACCGCAACCACCGAGAAAUCCUCAGCCUCCACCACUACAAGCUCCGCCCGUGGCACUGCCGCCACCGACUUCUACUGCUGGACCCCUCUCGCCCCAUUCCUCCGCGCCCCGCACUAUUGUCAUUCAGCGACCGGACGCUAGGCACGGUUUUGGUUUCACGUUAAGGCAUCUGGUUGUUUACCCACCGGACUCUUUACAGGAGUUAUACGAGGAUGCCCGUCACCUGGCCGUGGGCGCAGUGGGCGCGCCCAUGGACACGAUCUUCGUGAGGUCGGUGCGGGCGGGUGGACCAGCAGCGGUAGCGGGCCUCCGAGCGGGCGACCGGGUGCUGGCGGUCAACGGCGAACCCGUGGCCUGUGGGCGCUCGCGGGCGCCCUACGCGAGAGUCGUGCAACUGGCGCAGAGGGAACCAAGAGUGCUACGAUUAACUGUCGUGCCGAGAGAUCACGAUCUAUUACAGAGGUAUUUCAGCGAAGCAGCCUACAACCCUGAAACGAAUCAGCGGCCCAUAGAGAUGCCGGCUCCAAUCACAGAGCACGAAUCGCGGCUAUUCGACGCAUACAGGCGUCCAAGAGCCAGUCUUCCUGCCUUGCCUGGUCCACAAGCCCCCGCAAGGAUGAGAGAGGAUCCAGAAUACGCGACAGUUGCACCCCAACCACAGAGGUUUGAUGCCAGAUUAACCAACGCGCCGCAUUAUAUCAUACACGAUGGAAGACGGGAGUCUGACAUAUCCCUGCCAUCAUCAGCCACAGAAAGCAAAGACAGUCUCGGCUCCUUUGACUCGAACUCAACACUGACGGGCCGAGAACUGGACGAUUCGAUAAUCCUCUCCCGAAUACGAAAGAGCCUCGAGCAGAAAGAGGCUUUUCUCAGACGUCCCAGUCAACCCACAGGAUGGGUCACCCCGGACGUGCCACCUCCGAUCAAACAGAAGGAGUUCUACGCUCGACCACAAAAGCUACAGAAGCCAGCUUGGCCUCCACCCCCUUCUUCUCCACCGCUUGCAUCUUCUCCUCCUCCCCACCAACCGGCUACCGAGCAGAGAAGAGAAGAUUGCGCCACAAGCGUGGACAGUGGCACCUACAGCGCCUAUGGAGAAGUCAACGGCAUGGAUAAAAAGCUCAAACAAGAUAGAAGCCAGUUUGUGGCGACGUUGUCCAACAUACAAGAGACAGCGCCGUUUCAAAGCAAUAAUGUUGGAACUAUGAAUGGAACUAAUAACGAUAGCAGAGAAGAAAGAAAUGACCAGGAUAAUAGAUACCCAGUACCUGAACUACAACUUGUAACAGCCAGAACGCGGCAGCUAGAAGAAGCCCGUGGUGUAGGAGAAAAAAGAACAGAAGUGGCUCGAAGUGAGUUAGCCCGGCUUUCCACAACUCGGCUGGAACCUAGUGUGGCACUCAGAAGAAAAGAGUUUGAGACCAGAGCCAAUAGAAGAGAAGCUAGAUCGUUAGAUGUGCAACCGCAACAAGAGUUAGAACAUGAGUCAGCCCCCCUGGGCGGAAGCUUGUCCGGCAACCAGUUGAUGAUCACUGGCAGCAAACACCUGCAUUGUCCACCUCCAGACGGAUAUGUGCCCGAAACGGAAAAGGUUCAAAUGCGAACGAGGUCAAACAGUACCGGAAGUGAAGGAUUACCUAUUAGAAGACAUCAUGCCACAGAUGGCAGUCACGCGAAGAGACGUAUGGGGCUGAACAGAGAACAAAUGGAGGCGAUGAAUCAGGUUUCGCUGGGGCACGAGGGCCACCAGGGGCAUUCGGGGGUCGAGGGGCACCACACGAGGCACUGGCCGCAAAGACCCACGCAGCUGAGCCUGGCGCCUUCACCCCCCGCCUCGGCUGCCACUUCGCCAUCACCCACGCCAAGCACUCCCGCCGAUUCAGGUUUUGCUGACGAUCUUGUUACGAGACGACAGAAGAAGGAUGCACAAAUGGGGGAAGAAGAACGUGCAAUGAGAAGAGUCUCUUACUUAAAAGCAACUUGGGGUGAUCGGUUGCACCUAGACGGUGACGUGGAACCAGAAGUCGAUCUUCACGCGUUGAGAAGUGCUUACCGCAAGUGGCGACCCCCUCGAUUCGCCGACGACAUUACCCCGUUGCUGAGAAUUUUCGACCCCCAAGCGACAGUUUCCAUUCGUUCUGAAAAGAAGAGUGAAGAAACAGAGGAGAAUGAGCAAGCUUCUGAAGGAGAUGUACAAGGGAAUGUCCAAGUCAAAAUGGUAGUCAGUAAUGGAAAGCGCGCCAGUGAUAGAUCGUGGAAGCAAGUGUGGGCGGUACUCCAUGGCACCAAGCUGUAUCUGUAUAGACAUCAUCCUAGUCAGAGCCCCGGUGCAGUGAGCGGCGCAGGUGCAAACGCAGAAAGCUCCCGCGACGCUCUCGAUGUCCGCUAUUCGCUAGCCGCACUCGCAGACGACUAUACAAAGCGAAAACACGUGGUUCGGGUCACAACAGCGGCUGGUGCAGAAUUAUUGCUUCAAGCUGAAGGUGCUGCAGAUGCGCAAAGAUGGCUGGCGGCGCUACGCAGACACUCGGCCGAGCCACCUCCCGCGGAGCCCGCUCCCCUUCCCGCCCCAACGACUACCCCUCCCGCAGACAGCUCAUCUCCCCUCCCGCCACAGAGGAACAAGAAGAUCGGAAGGAAUAGAUCACCUACAGUAUCAAUGGUAGGCCCACCAACGCCCACACUACCCUCGUCUCCCAAAAACAAAACGUGGAAGGGUCGCAUGGCUAAACAACUCCGGCGAAUGCAUCCCGGAACCGCUGGGCCCCCAGCUCCCCCUGCUGUCACAGGUUGGCUCGGUGCCCCCCUCGAACGGUGCCCCUCAGACCCCAGUCAUCCAACGGUACCCCGCGCUGUUACACUACCUGCUGAAGCUGUUGAGGCUUAUGGUCUUCGAACAGUAGGCGUAUACAGAGUGCCUGGUAAUGCAGCAGGUGUCGCAGCCCUUGCAGCUGCUUUGGACAGGGGGGAACCUCCACCAGAAGGAGACCCUCGAUGGGCAGAUGUGCACGUCGCUUCAAGUCUCUUGAAGGCAUACCUUCGAAGACUACCUGACCCAUUACUUACCGCUGAGAUGUAUCCUGCGUUUAUAGCUGCGGAUAGAUCCCCCGAGCGCGCUCGCGAGCUAAGACGCCUCGUACAAGCGCUACCAGAGGCUCAUUACGAAACACUAAAGUACCUUAUUCAACAUUUGAGACGAGUGGCGUCGCAGGCGCAUCACAACAAAAUGGAGGCGCGUAACCUCGCUAUUGUAUUUGGCCCGACGCUCGUGCGAGCAGCCAGUGAUGAUAUGCUGGCAAUGGUGAAUGACAUGUCCAGUCAGUGCCGGAUUAUCGAGUCUUUUCUUACGCAUUACACGUGGUACUUCGAGGAGGAAGAGGGCAGUCCCCCCACGGAGCCUCCCCCCUCCACCGACCCCCUCUCACCUGCGCCUGCGCCUUCCAGGGACCUGCUCAUACACAACGUCAAGAAGAUUGAAGGCAAAGACGUGUCCACCAGGGACAUAGUCUCGUCGAUAAUAUCAGCGGCGAACCGCAAGAUCCAGCGCAAGCCGCGCAAGAGCGAGAAGAAAUGGGAGAGCGAGAAGCGCUCCCCCUCCCCGCCUCGCUCGCCCCCCGCGCACCUCACCACGCCCCUCGCGCGCUACGACGGCCUCACACACUACACGAGUGACGCUAAUAACAAAAUCGAGAUGGAAACUAUUACCAAUGUAAGUCGAGGUCGGCAGGAGAUUUCACGGCACACACUGAACAACUUCUCUAUUGACGGAACAGGAGAUCUAGUGUCUUCUCUCACCAGUACCUUCGAUCAGAAACUGCGGACGCUCAACAACUCGUCGCCGCUCGACGACGGCAGCAUUCCUUACGCGGACGAAUGUCAAGACGACAACGAGGAAGCGAAGUCCACCGAGAGCACGCCCUCCGAGACGAGUCUGCAGAGCGAACGCGAGGAACGGGUGUCUCCGGCGAUCCGCGCUCACGAGUUAAAGGCGGCUUGGCUCGCGAGAGACCACCGUCAUUCCUCUUCCUCCAGCGCCGACGAACCCGACGCGCGUUGGCCCCGGGCUCGCCUCGCGAGAGACGACGGCGACGACUCGGAGAAAGAAAACUGUAUCAUUCCCAAGAAAACUAGUCACGAGGAACGCAACGACGAGAAGGACGUCGACACGAGAUCCCAGAACUCCAGCGGAGGAGGCACUCUUCCCGACAACGACAAACGACCGUAUCCCACUUACAAGCUACGGCUCUCCAACCCGGAGUGCGUCAAACGGAACAGCGCAGCGCUCGAAGAGGCCAACGCGGAAAAUGAAAAGGAAGACGACUGUGCCAAACUUAAGCGGUCGGAAUCUCUCAACAGAGAAGACAGAAGCGAAACUCGCGUCCUCAGAUCUGAGAGCCUCAAUUGCCGAGUGGAGCGAUUGCAACGCUCCGAGUCGUUGAACAAAGGGGAGCGUUUGAGUAAAAUAGAGAAGGGCGAGUGGAACAUCGUCCGGCGGAGGGAAGCCGGCGCUUGGCGGUCGACAAAGUUGAAGCGAAAGAACGGGAUGCCCGAGAGAGGCAUAAAACGCAGGCACACGGUGGGCGGCACCAAGGAUUUCGAUAAAGAUGGCUGGUCUGCGCGACACACCCGUACGUCUUCGCCGGACUUGACGGGCGGUGUUUGGCCGGUCUCCCUGGUGCCGCCACCUCGACCGCCUCUCGAGUCGCACGUCUGACGGUCGCUCUCCGAAUAUUCUCUCAGCUUCAUGUAACGUCUGAUUGUUUCAUACAGACGAGUGGCUACAGAUUUUGGUGACUUUAUUUCAUAUUGUCGACCGAUGCCGUUUUUCACAAACACGUCGUACAAACGCCCAAUUGCUUAAUAAUUUUAGACGACUUGUCAUGUUUGAAACGACAUCGUGCUUUUAUUAGGAAACGGGGAAUCGAAGGCUGUGAUCGCCUUUUCCAGUGCUAUCGCGGAAUGUGACAGGUGCUUGUUUAAUAGUGAAUCAAUAGGUGCCCAUUGUAUUGUGCUGAAUGUGUGCUGAACGAACCGCUUUGCGCGAGUGGCAGACCGAAUAAGUCGAAUGUUCAGAGAGAGGCUAAUAUUUUGAUUUUUUUCAAUUGACUGAAUAGUAUAGAUCGCGAAUAUAUUUAUAUUGAAUAUAAUACUCAUACUCCAUACACCGACACUUUCUAAUUAUAAUCGAAAUUUUAGAUUAAUAUUUUUGAAUUGACAUGAAAUUUUAUCACAUAGUGCAAUAUUAUCAAAUAGAUUAAUGAAAUUGAGCUCACUAAAUAAUGCCAAAGAACGAUUGACCACGGCGAGUGGUCCGGUAAAGUCGAUCGGAGUGAACGUUUGGAAGGCAACUAUUGAGAAGUUAAGUUAAUAAUGCACAUUCCGUCGAAUCCCUCUUUAGGUGAAAACCUAUUUUCACGGAGUCGAGCGGACAGUGCAAGCUUAUGUUUAGUGCUAAUAUUAAGCGGCCAACGGCUUAGUUAAGUAAAUUGUACCAAGAGGUAUUCAAAAUAUGACCACAAAUGUAACACCACUAUAAAUAUUCUAGGAAUUAAGACAGCGUACAUCACCUACUUGCCUUCGCGAUAGAUAUAGCGAUAUUACGAUUGUAUUGCACAAUUAUCUUAUAAUAGUUUGUGGUAAAGAAUAUCCGUAAGGAACGAGAAUAUUUUUUAUUUGAGUUGAAGUUACCUUUUAGUGUUUCGUUCAGCGUGAGGUUUUAGUUCAAUGGCGGUUCGCCGAAUAAUUUUAGGUCAAUGUACAUAAUACGUAUGUAAAUAAUGGACGCAAUAUUUUAUUCUCUUAAUUAUGAAUUAUCUGCAAUAGCGUCUAGUGAUGAAUUGAAGUGAUGCGUCACGUUUUUAACUUUGUAUAAAAUGUACAUUUCUUUUAAUAUUAAUUUAUAUUAAAUUUGUUAUUGUAGCUUUGUUGAAUGCAAUUAUUUUUUUAUUGUUUUGUUUAUCGAAGAAAAGUAUUUUAGGCUAAAUUCAAUUGUUAUUUAUUUGCGAAAGAUGUGAAACGUGAUUUGGCACAAUUUCCUUUUAAAAAACUAGAAAUAUGUAAAUAUUACGGUAUUGUGUAAUUUGAUUAACUAUAAAAAUUCUUUUACCAUCUUUACGUUAAGACGAUCUCAAGUUUGUUGAAUGUUUUCAAAGCGUUCCUUCAAAGUUUUAUUUUGUAAAUAUAUUUUACUUAGCGACAGGGAUUUUACUAAUUUUACUGCAUCUUACGUAGAGUAGUCGCGUGCGCAGCUGCUCGCAGCAUAUAAAAGACACGCCCAUACAUUAUAUACAAAUUAUCUGUUAUGGUCUUCGUAUAUUCUGCUAUGAAGUUCGAUGUUAAGUCGCGAGUUUGGUUUAAACCAGCAGUCAUUUUCAUUGUGUAUAUUUUGGAAAAAUGAAAAUAAAUAACUGAAUCGAGAA